AUGGUGCCGGCGUCAGCGUUAUGUGGAUCGUUCAUCGUGCAGCAUCAUCUACGCUUCUCCUUCAACGUGCUGCUAGGCGUCAUGACGGCCAUGUUCCUUCAGGAUCUGGCCUACCGAGUCUCGGCGCCAUUCUUUCGCGAGGCUUCAUCAGGCAUCGGCGACAUUGCCAUGGUGAAGUUCCUAUUGACUUUGGAUGGGUGGCCUUCAUGCGCCUCGCCAUCGUGGAGCACGUCUUCUGGCUACGUCACCUACCUUCCGCUGCACCGCAUCCUCACCGCCGCGUACAACGUCUUUCCCGAGCAGAACGGCGCGACACUGCACUACCUCAGGGAGUAUCGCAACGCGUCCACGUGGGUGCUGUUCUGCGACGUCGACGAGUUCAUUUUCGAACCUCGGAAUCUUCGCGCGGGCUUCCUCUUCCGCUUCAUGCGCAACGUCUCCCUUGUGGAUCCCUCCGUCACCCAGGUCCUCGCGCCAAACAUUUUCUUCGUAGGCAACAGCGAAGCCCCUUGCUCCUCCCUGCUCUUUCGCCACUUUUCUAAGUGCCAGCACUUGGCGGAGUGGCGGGAGUACCUGCAUCGCUCCAAGCCCAUGGUGCGCGUGGCGGCGGUGGAGCAGUGGGCGGACAUACGAGUUGCGUCGCACUUCUUCCCCAUGGCCGUGGGCGCAACUGAGCGCGCGGAUCCCUCACAGCUGCGCAUGCACCACUACUGGGGGCCGCGGGGGACGAGGUUUGGCGCAGAGACGAGGGGGUUUGCAAAAGAAGUGGAGAAGGAUUUGACCAUUCACGUGAGAUGGAGAUCACAGAAUAUUUAA